UUUGAGUCUCGACUCGACUAGUUGACUUACUUGUCAAAGUCAAAAUUUUGUCUUGAUAAAAUUACAGCGCGUUAAAUUUUUUUUAUUAUUCAUAAGCCGAUGGCGUUUUUGAAUUUCGUCUGCUUCCGUCUUAUGUUUCUUUCUAAUAUGGUUUUGUUGUUUCAGUGAAUCAAAUCAGCGAGAAAAUAAAAAAAUUGCGCGUCACUGUUAUAUAAAAAAUUAUUAAGAAAAUGCAUAGUGUCAAACAAUAGAAUAGUAUGCCAAUUCUAUGAUAUCCAAUCAAACCAAAAAUCAUGGAAAAGUCACCAGGGUGCAUAAUUAAUGGUGCACACCCUGAGGAUGGUGUUUCAGAUUUAACUUUAAUAUCAAAUAUUGAUGAGAGAGGCAUCAACCUAACCCUCAGCACUCGAUACAAAAGAGACGAAAUUUAUACCUGUGCAGGCACCAUUUUGAUUGCUGUAAAUCCAUAUAAAGACCUACCAAUUUAUGGAUUAGAUUAUGUGGAACGAUACCAGAAAAAACAUGAACUAGUUAACAGGGAACCCCAUGUGUACCUUUUAACAGAAUCAGCAUUUACAUCAUUCCAGCAUAAGGGUGUUAAUCAAUCUGUGGUUAUCAGUGGUGAAAGUGGAGCUGGAAAAACUGAAACUGCCAAAUUCGUGUUGAAUUACUUGUGUUCAGUUACUUCUAAUAUCAGCACAUGGGUUCAACAUCAAAUUAUUGAAGCCAAUACUAUCCUUGAAGCAUUUGGAAAUGCGAAAACUGUACGUAAUGACAAUUCUUCACGUUUUGGAAAAUUCAUGCAAGUUUGCUUUGACGCUCAAGUCAAAAUCAGUGGAUGCAUCAUUCAAGAUUACCUACUGGAAUUAUCACGAAUUACGGUUCAAAGUAAAGGGGAACGCAAUUACCAUGUUUUUUAUCAACUGCUUGCUGCUGCCCAGCACGAUAAAGAGUUGUCCAAUCUUUGGAUGCUGAAAUCUUGGAAUCACUAUGAAUAUGUUAAUCAAAGUGGAUGUGCAAGCAUAAAUGGAGUUGAUGAUUCUAAAAAAUUUGAUGGACUUCGUUUAGCGCUCAAUGUUCUUCAGGUUACCACCGAAGAUACAGAAAGCAUAUUUUCUGUUGUGGCUGGAAUUUUGUGGCUUGGAAACCUCCGUUUUAAGGAUAUAGACGGAGAGAAAUGUGAAUUGCUCGCGGAAGACGAAGAGAUUGUUGCCAUUAUCGGAAAGUUGCUGGGACUGAGUUCUGAAGAGCAAUUUAAACUCAAAGAAGUUCUCAUUCUGCGCCAAAUCAACGUUCGUGGAAAUGUCACUGAAAUACCUUUGCGGCUUCACGAGGCGCGGGAAAAUAGACAUGCAAUGGCUCGUGUUUUAUAUUCUCGAACCUUUUCUUGGCUAUUACACCACAUCAAUCGCUGCACUAGUCCUGGAGAAAACACUAAUCGUUUCUUGGGAAUUUUAGAUAUUUUCGGUUUCGAAAACUUCGAGCAAAAUUCUUUCGAGCAGCUGUGUAUCAAUUACACAAACGAAAAACUCCAUCGUUUUUUCAAUCAUUAUGUUUUCGCUCUUGAACAAGAACUCUAUUCAACAGAAGAAAUUCAAUUUUCUCAUAUUCAAUUUACCGACAACUCACAAUGUGUUGAGCUUAUCGAAAAGCCUCCUCUUUGCAUCCUCAAGCUACUCUCUGAACAGUGCCAUAUGCCUAAAGGAUGCGACCUGUCGUAUAUAACGAAUCUCCAUGCUGAAUUUGAAAAUCAUGCUUACUACAUAAAAGGCGACGAUAGGAGAAAAUGGGAAGAAGUAUUUGGAAUACGACAUUACGCGGGAGCGGUAAUGUACAAUGUUUCGGGUUUCGUGGACAAGAACCGUGAUGUUCAUCAAGAAGUAUUUCUGGAUCUCCUAACUAACUCGCAGAAAGCUCUUGUUCGGGAAUUCACAAGUUUGCCCAACCAAGAAUCGCUAACCCAGUCCAAGGCCAUUUGUGGGACCAACACUGUCGCUCGUGGAACAAAUAAAGCCAAACCAACAAAGAGUGAUACCUUUCGCAUUCAGUUAACUCAACUUGUACAAUCACUCCAGUCGACUAACCCUUGGUACGUACGGUGUAUAAAGCCGAACACGGGUAAACUUGCCAAUACUUUCCAUGAACCAAUGGUCUUGGAUCAGCUUCGUUACUUGGGCAUGCUCGAUUUAAUUAGAAUACGUAGAGAGGGAUACCCCGUCCAUAUAGAUUUUGACUCGUUCAUUUCCUCGUACAAGUGCCUUUGUAAAGGAACCCACUUUCCCGUCGGAAGCGGUGCCAAGGAUAUAGUUCACUCGAUUUUAAAAUACCUAAAAUACCCUACCGACCAGUGGCAGGUGGGAAAAAGAAAAGUCUUCCUCCGAUUGCAGGUUUAUGAACCAUUGGAAUCCUCUCGAAUCUACACUCUGAAUCGAUCCGCCAUUUUAUUGCAAUCGCAUUGGAGAAGAUUCGUAGUUCGUCGUUGUUAUUUAAAUAAGAGAAAUGCUGCAUUAGUGCUACAGCAUGCAUUUAAAGGGUGGCAACUUCGUUUGAAAUUCAUACAACGACGCCGAGCAGCGAUUGUCAUUCAGAGUCAUUUGCGCGGUAUGUUUGCUCGCGAAGUAGCAAUGGCAUUGAGGGAAAUGCGUCGAGUUGAGGAAAUUGAAGCGAAGCAACGAGAAAGAGAUAAAAUUGCUGCUCAAGAAAUGGAAGCUGCCGAGACUUUAGAAGAAGUUUCGUCAAUUAGUGACCAGGAUAACACUGGUCUGCAAUCUCAGAGUUCUGCUGACGAGAGCAAUAGCCACACGCCGAUUCGCCCGACGAAGAAUGAUCUCCACGCCUUGUCGCAUUUUACUGUCCAAUUGAACUCCAAAUUUUCUGCAGCGUGUUCCAAUAACCCGCUUGAAGAUCCGUUAGCUAACGCAGUUGCUGAUAAUGUGGACCUGGACAACCUAUUCGCGUUUUUGUCGGAAGUGCAUGCUGACGGAGGCAAGAAUGCCAUGCUUGAGGAAAUAGAAAAUCAGAUGACAGAAUUAGCCUCUGGCUUUGAUGAAGAAAUCCAACUUGUUUCUCGAGAAAGAGAGUACUUGCAGAGCAUGGAACAAACCGAAGAAGUUUCUAAGGAUUACGAAGAACUUCCAUUGCCGUCUCCUCCUCCAAUGCUAGAAUCUCCCGAAUCUUCAAUUUCAGAUUCACUUCUACCAUUUGGUUUUCCGUCUCUACCGGAACCAACGGAAAGACCUCCACCACCACCUACUGUUCAUCAAGAUGAACCAAUCUAUGAAGCUAUUCAGCCUCGAUUUCAUGCUGGUUUUGGCGAGAGUGAAAAAUUACAAGAAAGUGAAACUAAUCCCGCCACACUUUCUGAUCUCUGGAAGCCGAAUAGGGAGAACCGUGAAGUGAGACGGAAGCUAAGGAUUGCUCGAAAACUUCACGAAUUGGAAGAAGACAUUCAAUCUGCUGCCAAUCAGGCAAAUGAACUACAUGAAUUGAUUGAAUACGCCGAGAAAAAUUUCAACGUGCACGAGUAUAUUUCAGAAGUUAAUCUCGGAUCUACUCUUAAAAAAAAUAAGAAACCUGGAGAGACGAUCACUAUUUCAAAGGAAGAAAUGGUUGUGUUUACAAAAUUCAACUACAUACCCACUUCUCACCUCGUACUUUAUGACCAUGAUAGUAUAUUAGUCGCUUGCGACAUUUUCAAGGAUUUGUGCAGAUAUAUGAAAAGCGAGAUGAAGUAUGAAGAAGAAGAAACAUUCCUGAACACGGUCAUUGGUCAUGGUUUGGAGCGAGAUGAUCUACGAGAUGAGCUAUAUGUCAUGUGUAUGCGGCAGUCUACCAAUAAUCCUUCGCCUGAUAUGUGUGAAAAAAUUUGGAUUUUAUUGGCUUUCUGCGUUGUCGCGUUUGUUCCUAGCAAAAUGUUACACAAAUACGUCGACAGUUUCAUUCGAAAGAAUAGCGUGCUGACAUCCACCAGGCAUUAUCCAUUCGUGUACUGGUGUGGAGAACGCCUACGAUCUUCUAGAAUUGCCGAUCGAAAAAUGCCGCCAUCUUCCCGUGAGGUGGAAGCGAUUCGUCGGUUGGGAUCCGUCGUUUGCCGAAUCUAUUUUUUAGACGGGAAAAGCAGAGCCCUAGACAUCUCCCCGUUGGACACUGCCGGUGACAUAGUGCAACGCAUUUCUGAAAGUUUGGGAUUAAAUGCGAAUGACGGAUGGGCGCUUUAUCAGGGUCCUGCACACGGUAGAUUCUCUCAUAUUAAAGCCCACGAGUUCGUCUGUGAUGUGCUCACUGCUUGGGAGACUAAACAAGAAUCUUCGCCAUCACACCAUUCGGGCAGAAGCUCAGUCACCACAAGCGGCAGUGGAAGUACUCGUGGUUUGAAGGUCGUUUCGCCAGCCUCAACUCCGGAGAAUCGCUUUUAUUUCUAUCGCCGACUCUUCCGUGGAUCUCGUGAACUUUCUGAAGAUCCCAUGGAAAUCGCCUUGCUUUAUGGACAAGCUGUUUACUCUGUCGUCGAAUUAGAUGAAUUCCCUAUCAAUGAUAAAGUUUCGCUACAGCUCGCCGGUCUUCAACUUCAAGUUAUCCUUGGGGACCCUGAUUCAAGAAAAGAAGAAACCUAUGAUAAAUUGGAAGUUUAUCUUCCCCACCGAGUCAUUGCCCAAAAACAGCGAGAAGAAUGGCAUCAGUUGUUAAGUCACGCACAUGUUCAAUAUGGAACCGGCAAAUCCGAACUAAUAGCACGUGUUUGGUAUCUUUCGUGUGUGAUGCAUUUUCCGUUGUAUGGCGUUACGCAGUUUUCAGUCACCUAUCGCGGCUAUUGGGCUUAUGGAAACAAAUUAAUUUUGGGCGUGAACUGCGAUGGAGUAGCCUUGAUAAAACCAGAUGACAAAUUCGUCAUGUACGAAUACCGCUACGCCGACAUUGAAUCCAUCUUGAUUGAUCCCAGUGAUGACUUUCUUACUCUGACACUUCUACAAUCGCUUUCAGAUGCCCACAAGUGUCUAGUUUUCGAAACUAAAGAAAAGGAAGAAAUCGCCUCACUCAUCGUCAGUUACUGCCCGGCAUUAUCUUAUUGGUUAACGGAUUUAGAUCGCCCGAAGAAGAAACUGAAGCCGGUUACUAGUGAGGACCGACUACGCCGUUUUCAAAACGUUAUCAAUUGUCGGAAGCUUCUGGUGGACAGUGGCAUUUUGCGUAAACCGAUCGAUGACAUGGGACGAUUCUUACGCUCAACUCUACGACGUUUAAAUAAAACGAAAAUCGAUAAGCUGCGAGCAAUUUCGUCCAGCUCUUGCGGUGAAAACUACAAAGGAUUUAGCCAUGCAGAGUGGGCUUUCACUCGGUAUCCACUGGCUCAGUCACUUAUCAAAUUUACGGAACUGGAUGACAAAGCUGCUGUGGAUAAUUUUCGUUUGGUGCUCUCCUAUUCUGGGUUAUUACAGCCAGAAGAUGGUCAUCCGGGUAGUGAAGAAGAAUUGAUUCCACUUGCCCAGACCUUAUUGGAACGCAGCAUGAAGAAGGAAUGUUUGUUCAACGAACUAUUCUUGCAGCUGAUCAAACAGACAACAGAUCACCCGGAAGCGAAUUCACGUGUCAACCUUCGUCAUUGGGCUCUGCUGACUUUGAUGUGUUCCAUAGCGUUGCCGCAUGAUAAAAUUAUUCGUAAAUAUCUCAUCGCUCACCUAAAGUUAUGUUCGGCUGAUGUCACGUCCGAAGAAGGAAAAUUUGCUCGUUUUGCCGAAAAGUGUCUAUACAAAACCAUGAACAGUCGUAGACGUCAGUGGUCUCCGUCGUCGCAAGAAAUUUUGUGUACAGUCAGUCGAAGAUUAAUCUACGCCAGAAUAUAUCUUAUGGAUGGUGCUUUCCAUGCAGUUGAAUUUGAGCCAACGGCAACUGCUAAUGAUGUUAUUGAGAUAAUAAAAAGUCGCAUAGGCCUGCGAAGUACAUCCCAAGGAUUUGCCUUGUAUGAAGUUCUCGGCGAUGUAGAACGCAGCAUGGUGUCUGACGAAAAAUUAACUGACGUCAUGGGGAAAUGGGAAAGAUACAGCAGAAACUCAGGCGCCCAGCAACAUCCUCAACAGCAUCAUGCAUUUCUUUUCAAAAAACAUUUAUUUUUGGAUCAGUACAUAAAUUUAGGAGAUCCAGUGGAAAAGGAACUUCUUUAUUUCCAAAUGUUACACUCCAUUCGCGUCGAUCGCUUUCCUGUGACUGAGAUGGAAGCUAUAAUGAUUUGUUCACUGCGAGCGCAAAUUGAACUGGGCGACUAUUGCCCUAGUCCCCAAUUGAACUAUGGAGCUGUCAUUCAGCAUUGUCUCCCUCCUCGGAUUUUACCUUUGAUUGGAACUGAAGUGGUGGCCCUUCACCACCAGUCUCUAUUUGGCAUGACUCCUCAGGAAGCAAAACAGGCUUUUUUCAACAUAAUACAAAGUUGGCCCCUACACAAAGCAACCUUCUAUGAUGUUAUGCAAUCUUUCACAUCAAACUGGCCUAAAGCAUUGUGGCUUGCUAUCGAUCAACGAGGAUUACACCUUCUGGAGCAUCGAACGCGCCAUAUCCUUUGCAAUUAUGAUUAUUCGACGUUGAUUAGCGUCAGCCCAACUCUAAAUUGUCUUAUGGUUAUAACGGGAACUGAUUCAAAGCCUAGUAAAGUCAUUCUGAACACCCAUCAGGCUUUUCAAAUUGCGAAUCUUGUGCGUGAAUAUUGUGACGUUUUGCAAGUAACGACUGGUAUAUCACAUUCAGCUUCACUCAUGGCUUGAACAGUAAAGUAUUUUGUGACAAACUAGGAUUUUAAUUACCAUUACUUAUUGAACCGCAUCAUAACAAAAUGCUUCCCUUAUUUUCCAUAUUUCCUAACCUCUUGUUGGAUAGCUGUAGUAGCAAGGGUCGUACACCCGCAUCAAAACUAUAGCAGAAUUUCGAUCAGAAUUAUUGAGACAGGAACAGAAUUUGCGACUUCGUGCAUGUUGAACCCCAAUGGCCUCUUUUUUUAUCAUUAUUAUUCUUGCGCUUCCUUAAAGAAAAACAACUAUCGAGUAGAUUCAAAUGAAGAAUUCUCACUUUCGCUUUAAUCUCAAUUAUCUCCUAUGCUAAUCUCAUUAGGCUUUCCACUCGUUACUGUAACGUAUUCUAUGACUGAGCGGCAACAGUUAUUUUACAAAUGAAAAAUACUUUCCCCCAGACCCGCUCUUACUCUAAUUAAUGCUCAUCGUUCUCGUCAAUCGGAAAGUGCUCCAUCGUUACUGAAACCUAAGACCAUAUUAAAUUAUUAUAUUGUCAUUCUUUUAGUUCAACUGAAUUUUGGGUCUUACCCACUUCCACUGCUUGGGUUAUGUAGUUGCUUUCCUUAUCUGAACCAAAUUUGAAAUUAAGUCAACGCCUUGUAGGUUAAAAAGAAAGACUAAAUUUAUGUAAUAGAAGAAACACAAAUGGUCCCACUCUUGUAGAUCUGAUCUUUCUAGUUCAAUUAAUGGCUGCGCACUAUUUCCUCUACGCUUCAUUCAGUUUAGUUUCAUUUUGAGCGGUAAUAGGAUCUCGGAUGAUAAACGAACGUACAAAAACCAGAACUUUGAAAGCAUGGAAGAUUUGCGUUCGACCGAAGCCUUCUUCGUAAAGCCAAAUUCCAGUUUUUUUUUUUUUUUCUUAACUUCAGUAUAGACAGACUUUUUCUAUGUCGGCGCAACAUUGGGCCACGUUUUAUUCUUUUCACUUGAGAAAAAUCUUUUAUUCCUUUCAAAAAUGUGUGUAACCCCCUGAGAAUACGGUUUUUUGACAUUGUUCCGACACGCUGCAUUUCAAUGAGGGUUGCGUCUCUACUAUUUUAGCAUAACUAGACUGACUACGUCAAGUGACACCGUCUUUAUUUAACAAAAAAGAACAAAUAUCUUGUUUGAACAAAAAUCUUUAUUGUGUUCAUUGCUCUCUUUUAUGUCUUGUCUUGAUCUCAGUUGAACGGCUGUUUUCUUCGAGUUCCUUGCCUAUUGCGAUGCGCAAUGGUUCUCAAUUGUAUAAUCCUGUGUUAUUUUAUCCUUGGUGUUCAUACGGAAAUACAUAAAAGUAAUGGUGAAA